GACUCUAUCACCCUCCCUAGUACUCUGGGGCGCCCACGAAAACAACUCCAUCGAUUCUAGACGGGUGCAGCGGUAGGCUGUGUGGGCAUUCAAAGGCGACUCUGCCGGAACCACAAACCUGACACGCGCACACCGUCCAGCCCCUAUUCUUUCUCCUUUCCAGAGCUAACACCACGUUCUGACACUGAGAAAUCAUGGGCAACUCAUCCUCCAAAGAUGCGGGGGCAUCUUCCAGGAACCGAGGCGAUGACGACCUCAAGUCCUACCCUUCCUUUAGCAAAUCCGACACCAAGGACUCCUCGCGCUCUUUUCGCGGACUCCGCUCCAAAAUCCCCGGCGGAAGCAAGACGGACAGCCCCCGGAACUCAACCAUCCUCUCCAGCGAGGAAGUCGCUGAGAAAAUGAACGCUCUGAGUGGAAAGAAUGGCAGGCCGUCGGUGCAUACGCGGCCAAGCCGCAGAGACAUGUCGCCAUCGCCCGCCUCCCCCUCGACAUCUUCUCCCUCGUCACCUUCGCUCGAUACCGCAACGCUAGCGUCUCCGACCGGUGAACCCCUACCUCCUCCGUCGCCGGUUCACAAUGCUACAGGCGGCCACCACGAUGUCCGCGCCGCUCAGGAAAGUGGAGAAGUUGACCACAUUUCCGACCAACCGCCCUCUGGAGGUGGCGGAGCCAACUCCAACCAACAGCCUGGCCAGUCUAUCCUCGUGAAGCGCGAAAACACCAUCAACCCUGUCUACGAUACCCCCAACCAGGAUCCUCAGAAUGAGCAAGCAGUUUCCGGUGUUGCCAUGAGCGACAUCAAGGAUAUCGAUCUCGAUGAUUUUAUUAAGCGACUGUUGGAUGCCGCCUAUGCUGGAAAGGUCACCAAGAGCGUCUGCCUCAAGAAUGCCGAGAUUGUGGCCAUUUGCCACCGCGCCCGGGAGUUGUUCCUUUCUCAGCCGGCCCUUCUGGAACUGGAUGCGCCCGUCAAAAUUGUCGGCGAUGUUCACGGCCAGUACACUGACCUCAUUCGCAUGUUUGAAAUGUGCGGCUUCCCUCCAAACUCCAACUACUUGUUCCUCGGCGAUUACGUCGAUCGCGGAAAGCAGUCGCUCGAGACCAUCCUGCUCCUGAUGUGCUACAAGCUCAAGUACCCCGAAAACUUUUUCUUGCUCCGCGGCAACCACGAAUGCGCCAACGUUACCCGGGUUUACGGUUUCUACGAUGAGUGCAAGCGCAGGUGCAAUGUCAAGAUCUGGAAGACUUUUGUCGACACCUUCAACUGCCUCCCUAUUGCUGCUAUCGUUGCUGGUAAGAUCUUCUGCGUUCACGGCGGUCUUUCGCCCGCUCUUGGCCACAUGGACGAUAUCCGCAACAUUGCGCGCCCCACCGACGUUCCCGACUACGGACUGCUCAACGAUCUCCUCUGGUCUGAUCCAGCCGACAUGGAUCAGGACUGGGAGGCGAACGAACGAGGUGUCAGUUACUGUUUCGGGAAGAAGGUUAUCUCGGACUUCCUCGCCACUCAUGACUUUGAUCUGGUUUGCCGUGCACACAUGGUUGUUGAGGAUGGCUAUGAGUUUUACACUGAUCGCAUUCUUGUUACUAUUUUCAGUGCUCCUAACUAUUGCGGCGAGUUUGAUAACUGGGGAGCUGUCAUGGCUGUUUCUACCGAGCUUCUCUGCAGCUUCGAACUACUCAAGCCACUUGAUUCCGCUGCUCUUAAGACACACAUCAAGAAGGGUAGACACCGCCGUAACAACAUGCUCAACAGUCCUCCCGCCCACUUCAAUCCCCAGAGUGUCUGAGCCAUACUCGCACUGCUUCUGCA